CGUGGACAUAUAGGAUGCGGAACAGUUUAUUCCAACACUGCGUUUGACACGAGUAAAUAUCCAUAACGCGCCUUCACUCACGUUGAGGGUCAAAACGAUAUGAAAAUGAUUUUAUAGUGUUAUCAAAAUGUCAAGUUUCUCUCGAUCAGCCCAGCAAUGGGCCACCUUUGCUCGCUCGUGGUUCCUGAUCGACGCCAGAAUGCAGCCUCCUGGGAAAAUAGCCACCAUGUGUGCUGUCAGGCUACAAGGGAAGCACAAACCAAUUUACCAUGCACUCAGUGACUGUGGUGACCAUGUCGUGGUAAUAAACAGUAAACACAUUGCCUUCUCUGGGAACAAAUGGGAGCAGAAGGUCUACUCAUCACACACUGGCUAUCCCGGGAGCUUCAAACAAGUUACUGCUGCUCAGCUUCAUCAAAAAGACCCCAAAGCUAUUGUGAAGUUAGCCGUAAACGGCAUGCUGCCCAAGAAUCUGCACAGGCGUACCAUGAUGCAGCGCUUGCACAUCUUUCCUGAAGACGAGCUCCCUGACGACAUCCGAGCCAACCUGACAGAGGAACUGCCUCAGCCCAGAGAAAUUCCCAAGAAGCUAAGCGAAUACACAAAGGAGGAAAUCGAUGCCUUCCCCAGACUCUGGACACCACCUGAAGACUUCAAGAUGGAGUGAGGAGACAAAGGAGGCUGCAAGAAUGCCACAACGCUACAUGAGUGUCGUGUUUGCAGAAUUACGACUAAUUCACUUGCGGUUGUGUUUAGGCGCUGCAAUUCUCUUGUUGACUUUUGACUCCCACGCAUUCUUGACUUCUCACCAAAUAAAGACUAAUUAAGGAUGAGUAGAAACUGUUAA